AUGUAUAACCAAACCCUCCCUUUCCUGCGCUCUGCCAUUGCCAACCGGCCCAAGGCACAAAGAUCCUCCCUGUCUAGGACUGGAAACCUGAACCUGAUGACGCCACGCAAGGACGCCAACUUUCAUGCAGGACGCCGGAUCGUCACUAGUGCUCCCCCCUCCAAAACCCUUGCACCCGACUCCACCUGGGCCUGGGGCCUGGGGCCUGAGGGGGUCCAAAUUGUACUGGAGUGA